ACUGUCGCGGAAGUGAAUUUCGGCUUAACUGCGCCGACUGCGUUUCAUAAAUUGUGCUAUAUAUAAAUCUCAUGGAUAUUAUCGAAGACUCACCGCCUAUGAAUCGCGUUGGUUUCUGAUUUCUUACGCAAUAUUUUCUUUCGGCAAAUUUUGCUCUUUUGUAAGAUUAAAAAAGUAGACGGCAUUCAUACGCGCUUUUGUUAUUAGCUUUGUCUGAUUCUCACCUGCUAUUUCGGUGUGCACAUCGCAGUUUUAUGUUCCAAAUUCAAGGGAAUUCGUUUCAGUCCAAUUUUAUAGAAAGUAUAUGUACAUCCCGGUAGCUUUAUAUAUAUAUAUAUAUAUUGGGUUUUUUUUAAACAUGAAAUGUCAUGAUCAAUAUUUCCAUGACUUCUGCGCACCUGUUUAGGACAGGUUUGCGUCUGGCACAGGUUUGGAUAAGACGACAGAACGAUUCCUUUGUCGUGUCAGCCUGCUUGAUUUCAGAAUGACGUCACUUACAAACUUUGAACCUUCUGCGAAAAGAUUGAGGGUGGAGGCGCCGUCUUCAGCCUGUCCUUCCUCUCCUAACCAAGGUGCCACCUCGUGUGACCAGGCCACAGUUGGCCAAGUCCAAAAUCAAGAAAGAAGAGGGGGCGACUCAAAGAUGGAUCAUCAGCCAAAGAAUGGAACUAGCAGCUUGCGUGGAGUAAAAACAAAAACAUUAAAGCCCAAAAGCAACCUAAAUCAACAGUACAAAAAAACACUUGAUAUCUGGUUGACAAAGCCCCAAAAAACCCAGAGUACAACCCAAGUGUCCCAUGUACAAGAAGAGAAUCCACAAAACCAUCCAGAACUUAGUGCUGAAUCAGAUGAAGAAACUCAACCUUUGACAAUUGAAGAUGAUGAUAGUGUUUCUCCAGCUUUCAAAGUCAAUCCAGACACUGAUGGGAAGCAGAUUGUUGAUGACGGUCUGGAUGUAAAUAUUGGGGCGUCAAACAGCUUUGCCAAACGCAGUAUGAGAAUAACAGACUUCUUCUCAUCCGGAAUGAAUAAAGAUGCAGUGGAUAAAUCCCACAAAUCAGACGCGGACAUAGAAAUCACAUCAUCUGAGGAUGAUGAACGUGUCACAUGGCUUGGGACCCCAAUCGAUAAGCUGAGGAGAAUGCCGCAUUGUGGACGAGCACUUCCUCCGCUGGAGAAUAAUCCUGAUUCACACACAGUCAUGACGCGGACAGACCUUCCUGGAGACCUCACAGUUCCAUUUCCUGCCAAGUUUGUUGACACCUGGGAUGAUAUCAACGUCAAAAUGCCUUGUUCAUCUUCAAAUCUGUUUCCAGUGAGAGAUGAGGAAACUCAAGAAAUGCAGAACAAUAGCCGUUGGGACUUGAUCGCAGAGGCAUUGAAGGAGGACAUGAGACGUCCGCAAGACUUGAAGGCCGCAAUAUUAAAGUAUUCUGCGUCAAAAGCCAAGAAAUGGGACUUCACUGCAUUGAAUCGCUACUGCUGUCAGGUCCUGGAUCCGGAUGCUAUGCAACAGAUGUUUGACUCCCUGCUGCCAAACAUGGUGCAAUUAGCACUGAAAGCGCCGGAGCUCUGUACCAAGCCGAUCCCCCUCCUCAAAGAGGGCAUGAACCACUCCAUCACCAUGUCGCAGGAGCAGGUGGCCUGUCUGCUCGCCAACGCCUUCUACUGCACCUUCCCCCGCCGAAACUCCAGACUCUCUGCCAGCGAGUACUGCAACUACCCCGACAUCAACUUUUUCAGGCUCUUUGAGGGGUCCUCUGCCACAAAGACUGAGAAGCUCAAAACUCUCAUGUGCUAUUUCAAAAGUGUCACUGAGCAAAAGCCUACUGGUCUUUUGACAUUCACACGCAAAUGUUUGGAUGAACCUGUGGACUGGAAAAGUUCGGAGACUCUGCUGACAAGGCUCCAUAUUACAUGUGAGGGCACCAUUGAGGACGAUGGUCAUGGAAUGCUUCAGGUGGAUUUCGCCAAUCAGUUUGUGGGUGGAGGAGUGACCAGUUCAGGAUUAGUUCAAGAGGAAAUCCGUUUUCUGAUCAACCCUGAGCUGAUUGUGUCUCGCCUCUUCACUGAAGCUCUGGAUGAUAAUGAGUGUUUGAUCAUUACAGGCACGCAGCAAUACAGUAAAUACACCGGCUAUGCGGAGACAUACAAAUGGAAUGGCGCCUAUGACGACCCAACUCCAAGAGAUGGGUGGCAGCGACGCUGCACAGAGAUUGUGGCUAUGGACGCUCUGCCUUUCAGGAACUUUCUCGACCAGUUUCGUCCUGAUAAAGUCAUCCGUGAGCUCAACAAGGCAUUUUGUGGUUUUGCCCGUCCCAGGGAACCGCAGGAGCAUCUGUCUGCUAUUGCCACCGGGAACUGGGGCUGCGGUGUGUUUGGCGGAGACACUCGCCUAAAAGCUCUGAUCCAGCUGCUGGCAGCUGCUGAGGCGGGACGAGACGUGGUCUACUUCACCUUUGGUGACAGUCGCCUCAUGACAGAUGUCCACAGGAUGCACUCGCUCCUCACCGGGAAUAACAUCAGUGUUGGCAAGGUGUUCGACCUGUUGGAGCAGUAUUACGAGUGUGAGUGCCGGGGCUACCGCGGCCGCCGCCCUGACGUCAGCCUCUACUCCUUCAUCCACCACGAGGUCACAUCCUCACUGGCGCCUGAAGACUCGGACUGAGGCUGACGACUCGUCCCCGCAGGCCGCCAUUCAGGUCAGAUGGCCGAUGAGUCAUCGCACCUCUGGAAAUUAGUCUGGCCAUUUUGACAGGCUCACUGCAGCAGAGGGAGCAAAAAUGCUUUGGUGUUCAGAUCCUGAUUGUUUCUGCUGCCUUUUAUUGUGAUAUGCUGAUGGCUCAAGCCUCGACAGAAUAACGCUGAUUCACGUGGCUAUGCAAAGGUUGCCAUCCAUCUUAGGACUCUUGUCAUUUUGACUUUUUUACAGCCACAUGUUUCCACUCGUAAAGAAUUGGCUGUCAGGUUUCGGCUUGAAGGUAAACAUGUCAAAGGAGAACCCCCCUCCUGGAGAAUAACGGUUGAAGAACGUCCAGUUACAUUCUGGUCCAGCUGUAGCUGCUCGAUGAAAGGUUAUACACUUAAAAAGCACUUAGCUGAGUAUUUUUUAUCACGAUGCUUGACUGUUCUACCAUAUGUUGGUGUGUUAUUUUGUAAAACCUUUUACAGCAGUAAAAAAUUGGAGGUUUCUACACUUGACUGAACAUUAAUUCUAAAAUAAAAUUGAAAAUAAUAA